UCUCCCCAGCGAAACAUCCUGUAUCCAUUUCGUCUCGUCCUCUGUAUUUUCUACCCUCAAACCAACAACCUUCAUGUCGGCUUUUAUCACAUCCAUUACAAGAGGGCAGUGUAAACAAAGUAAAACUGGCAAUCCACCUUCUUUUCAGUAAGAAUUACAUUUAUAUGUCAUAUGAGAUGUAAAAGAUUGAAAGAAAACAAACAAACAAACAAAAAGUUUUAAAAAUAUGCAUGCUCAAACUUUAAUGCCACUGUUUUCAGCUUUUUUGUGAUAGAAAACAACUAAGAAUGGUAUAAUUACAAGAAUGAAAAAUAAACAGAAAAUAUCUUGCUGCUUCAGAAUUCAUCUAAAUAGUAAAAAAGAAAAAGAAAAAGCCUUUCUGGAAGACUGGCAAGAAAAAAAAAGAUAUUCUAAAAAAACAAAGCUCAAAGAACUUCUGUUUACAGUUUGGAACAAGACUGGAGUGUUCACAAAAUGUUAGCAUCUCACAGAGCCUUUUUCAAGUUAUCUCACAAUAGUUAGCAUAGCUUGUGGCCUAGCUACUAAGAUGUAGCUUUUUAACUAAACUAACUGGCCAAGCCUUGAGAAAAAAAAGCCUCCAACAGGCUGAUAAGUUGCAAAGAUCCAGAGAGAACAGGAAAACCUCUUGUUGCACACGCCACAAAUUUGGGCUUUUUGUUAGUGGAUUGAGGAAGCUUGUUAUUGAAACAAACCUGCAAGACGUCUUGCCAAACUGUGAGAGCAACAGCUUAAAGAUUUUGUUGCUAACACUGCUAACAAGAAUAGUAUGGUGCCACUUCUCUUUUCUACUCUUUUCUUUUUCUGAACAUAGCUCAGGUAGUUUGCAAAUAUACUAACAAGAAAUCAUCAAAGCAGUAUAUUUAUAAUUGCUUGCAAAAAAUGUAUUCACUUAAACUUUUUUCAUUUUGUUAUCUCUUCAAGCACAAACUUUAAUGCCACUGUUUUCAGUUUUGUGAUAGAAAAACACGUCAAAUUGCACAAUUGUGAAGUUGAGUAAUAAACCAAAUUGUUUGAUGAAGUGUGAUUCACCACCUUUCUUGCUGGCAGUGAAUUAUUUUAACAAUUCUAACUAUUUCAUGCCAAUUUACUUGGGAAAGGACAAAUAUGACGAUUAUAAGAGUUUUCAGAAUGACUUUGUUGCACUACGGAAAAUAAACCAUCUAAAAAAAAGAAAGCCAGGCCAAAUGUUUCAAGUCUUUCAAUAAUACUUCCUGUGUCUUUACCAUAGUGUCGACUUCUCUAAUUCUGCAAAAUCAACUUAAAAUCCCCGGCCUUAGACUGGAAAUAUGCUUCCUGUGCAAUGAAAAUAAAAUGGAUCAAAAUCUGAAAUAGUACCCCUUAAAUGCCAAACGUUUUUCAGUGAUUUCAGGACCAGAAGCAUGAAGAAACCAAACAUAUACAACUUUUCUCUGUUAUUUUUCUUCAGACUGCAGCUCCAAAACUAAGUGUUUUAUAUCCACUUUCGAAAGAAAUUGAAAAAACUCUUAAGGUAGUCUCAGUUCCUGCACCGGCUGCUUGCCAAAUGUAGUUUCUAUUUAUACGUGUUGUCAAAGAUAAAUAAGAGUGGGUUGCAAACUGAAUAUGCUGACAGCUUCCCGCCCACAUGAAAGCUGUUCUAUAUAGGUCAUGUGUUUUUGUGAGCUGUCAACUUCGACUAUGUGAUUGAAAACGUUUCUGACUGCGGCGUCAGAACCGGACGGAACUUUGCGAAUGUCAACUUUCAGCAUGUCUGCUGUCUGGGUGAAAAUGUCCACCAUCCUUUGCCUCUGCUACACAGCAGAGAUGAAAGGUGUGGUGUGGAAAGAAGUUGGGCAAUCCAUUACAAUCCAGUGCAGAAUUGGGUCUGUUCAAGAUCAUCUGAACUUGAAAAUGGGUCUCAUUGAGACUGAGAUUGUUUCAAUAAACAGAGAGCCAAAAAAAGAAAUAAUUCAUCAAGGAAUGAAAGAACGAGUUCAGACGCAUGGAAGUUUCCCCAACUAUGACAUUCUCAUUAAAAACUUGCGUGAAAAUGACACAGGACCAUAUUGGUGUGCUUAUUCAAAAACAGAAGACUAUAGUUUCAUCACCACAAAAGGUGAUGGAUCUGUGCUGCUGGUGGUGACUGAGAAAAGAAAACAAACGCCAUCACCAUCAACUCCUCCGCAGAGAAAUUGUGAAGGAGCAGAUACGAACAUGGUGCUGCUGGUGGUCGGCAUCUUUGUUGGUGUCCUGCUCAUCAUGAUGCUGGGCUUUGUCCUGUUUAUCACUCGCAAGACCAAGAGCUCAAACAAUGCAGUGAAACCGAGGCGUGUUGCUACCGGCAACGACGUUUACGAGGACAUGCGAGGAACACUGAGGCGCUGAGGAUGUGCUUGCAGGACGCUGACAUGCAUGAAACUCUUGAAACCAUGGACCACAGAGGCAAGUGAUGCAUGCGAUGCACUUCCCCAACAGAUGCACACUUUCAAAAGGCAAGCAUAUGUGUUUACAAGACAAUGUCUACAAAGACAAAGAAGAGAGAGGACAGACUGGAUCAUAAAAUGGUACUUUGUAAAUGUUGUUUCAAUAGUUUUAUUUUAAACUGGAAAACAAGUAUUAUGUGUAGCAUAGAUUUUUUUAAAAAAAUGUACGUCUUUUUUUUUUUUUUGUAAUGUACUACCAACUUUGACUAAUCUUUUAUUUAAAAAAAAUAAAACAUUCAGAUUGGGUUUGAUGAAAACGCAAUCUGAUACUUAGAGAGCAAAUAAAAUUAAUCUGGCAAAUUAAAAGUUUGAGGAGUUCAUCUAUAAAAUCUAAAAAAUCCUAUUUUUUCUGAGUUGUUUUUAGUAACAACCAUGACACGUCUAACAUCAAUGAAACACAUAGAUACCUUGCAUAUUUCUGUGAGGAGGCUUCAGUUCACUGUUUCUCAGGGAUUUUAGGACCGGAAGCAUCAGGAAACCAAUGUCAUAGAAUGCAUUUCAAGAAGGUGUUGGCACACAUUUUAAUACUAACCGUAUAAUUGUAAUAAAUGUACAGGGAUAUACUUUACAUGUUAUGAUUGUUAUUAAGUUUUGGUAGUUAAAAUAAAGACUAAAACUCAGUAUAGAAUCUUGGUUGUGAUUAAAUCAAGGUUUGUUUCUCUGUGAAGUGGAAUUUCAUACUAUGUGUGUAAUACAAUUCUCUGUAUUCUUUAAAUCAAUAAAGCAAUACCUUCACUUACUUUCAAACCUUCUCCAGCUUUUACAUUGACUUGGAAAAGUGUUAAGACCUCUGAAGGUUUUCCACAUUUCGCCACAACGCAAGAACAAACUUCAGUGGAUUAAGUCAGAAUUUUAAAGCAGUACAGACUGGGAGGUGAAAGGAAAAUAAUUUAUGAUUUUCAUCUUCCUGUUUUACAAAUGUACCUCUGUAAAGUGUGCUGUGCUGUAAUUCAUGAAUGUUGCACUGGACAAACUCCUCCUUUUUGUGCAUAAAUUAUAAAAUAACAUGUUGUGGCCAGAAGGCAAGAAAAUCUAAACUUACUCAGUCUUAAAUCAUUCAGUCCAGCUAAAUUUGUGCUUGUCUCAGUUUUAGGGUGUCUUGAUCCCAGACAAGCAUUGAGAUGUUCUUCCUUUGUGAUUUGAUAAAGAAAUGUGGAUAAAUAGGAUUUAUGUGUUCAGUUCUAUCUUUCGUAAAAAAAAAGAAAAAAAAAAGUUAAAAUAAAAUAAAAUUGUGAAACACAGGGAGGCAUCUGCAUUGUAUAAAUUGAAAACGAUAGUAUAAAAACAUUUUUCUCCAAUUUUCUUGGCCUCGUCUUACUCACUGUUGCCCGGGAGGUGAGCCAUUUCACCAAAACUUUAAUUGCUUUAACUUUUUGUAAUACGUCUCUACCAGAUUUGAACUAGACUAGAGAGUUUUGUCCGUUUCCUCUUGGAAAAAAGUUUUUCAGACAGAUCAGAUGAAACGCAACUGUGACUAUAAUUUUUCACGUAGAUAGACAGACAGACAGAUCAAGGGUCAAUAGGAAUACAUACUGUAUUUUGACCAAUAGUUUUAUGGUUCUGACCUUUCUCUCCUGCCACCUCUCGGCACAUAAUGGUCUUCUUUUUACACUAAAACCACCAGCAGUCUAACACACAACAAGAGUCGGUAAUUGUGAAGGUGAAAGUCUAGUUACAGUAAAUGUGGGUAGAGUUAGGAGAAACAGUAGGUGAGCAGUCACCAUGUGUCACCUUUAGAGGAACAAAGCCUAUUUAGUAGCACAAAUGUCUGUCAACUUGCCAGACUCUCAUCCAAGAGUGUCAUAAUGCACUGUCUCGAAAUCGUUGCCAUUUCAAAAGCUGGAAGUUGCGUUGUUUUCACAAGCCAUUUUGAACCAAAAUGACUAAUAGGACGUCAGCUGAGAUGCUCCAGUUGAUGAAGUUAAAGAUUACCACACAAGAAGAAAAAGCAUGUUGGUAAUUUAUUAACACUGGCAACUCAAGCUAGUUCAUGUGCUCUCUUAAGUGGUUGUCCAAUUAUUAUAAAUCUUAAAGCUGUCCAAACAAGACGUGUCCAGUUGAAGCUGAAACAUAAAACACAUAGCUUGGGUGAAAUAAAAAAAAAAAAAUUGCUUGCAAAGUGUAGGUAAGCUGGAUGUUUACUUAAGCGGGAGGUUUGUGGUCAAAAGUUAUAUUUUCUUCACGAAGAUGCUCCGCAGGACACUGAGGUGUGAAACGUGUCAUCCUGUGUGUUUGUAGGCAAAAUGUCAGCGAUGAGAAGUGCAUGUUUUGUAUCAGCAUACGAUUCGGAGGGACCACUUAAGAAUGGUCGCGAGCGAGAUGUAAACCAAACGGUGCCACAAGUUAUAGCAAGUGGCGGAAACCAAGACCACUGUUCCGAGAAACGCAACCU